UGGGUGGGUUUAGAAACAUUCAUCUGAAGCUGGUGAACCAUCAUGGCCGCUUCCGUAGUAAGAGGUGUUGGCUCUAACCUUGCUAAAAACCUUCGAGAGAUUCGUCUACAUUUGUGCCAGACAUCGCCUGCGAGUCAAGGAGCAAGGGAUUUUGUGGAACUGCACUAUGUGGAACUGAAGAAGGCAAACCCCACAUUCCCCAUCCUCAUCAGGGAGUGCUCAGGUGUUCAGCCUAAGCUUUGGGCAAGAUCUGAUUUUGGUAAGGAGAGCAGUGUGGCCCUUGACAACAUGAAUGCUGACCAAGUGGCUAAGGUGCUGGAGACAGUUUUGACAUCAUAAGCAUGACCAGCUCCCCCGAGGACACCUUUCCAACUGAGAUGGAGUGUGGAUUGUAAAGGACUUGUAAUCACAUAAAUCUCUAUUGCUGUUCUAAUAAAUCUGAGGACUAACUUGUGACAUUCUGCUGCAUUGAUAUGUUUGUUAAUUGUUUGUAUUCAUAUGAAUUACAUUCUAUUCAUAGGCAUGUGUAUAUAUUGUUAAACAUUUAAAAAGAUACUGUCAAACUCAAAGGCUAGCACUGUUCAAUGCUCCCAAUUAUGGUCUGAGAGAAUUGACCGGGCCAGUCAUCUUUGGACUGAAAGGUUCAUACACAAGUGGCUGGCAACAAUAUGAUUUUAUAUUCAUGCUAUAGAUAUUCACUUUUAUGAAUAAAGAAACCAGAUUAAGAGAUUAAA